GAGCCGGAGCGACGCCCGCGCGGCCGCGGCUGAAGCGCUGACACCCCUGGGCGGAGGGUCCCUGGCGGCUGGAGCGGCACGGCUAAAUAGAUGGACCUGUAUGAGGCUCAGCUGGGAGAGGGGCCAGUUGCUCCUAAAGUAACUACCGAGAGUACGAAAUACAAAUUAUUAAAACUGGACACUAAGAAUUAUAUUGAUGGGCUUCAGUCUUCUCACAGCACUUGGGCCCUCCUACAAUUCAAGGGCACAGUGAGAUUUAUGUUCCAUUUUGAACCCAAAGUGGAAGAUGCUGUCAGGACUGAACCACUGACCAGAGUCUGAAAAACUCCCAUCUUCUCGUUGGCCGUCGGUUGAGCUAGGAUGGAAGACUCUUAUAAGGAUAGGACUUCCCUGAUGAAGGGUGCCAAGGACAUUGCCAGAGAGGUGAAGAAACAGACAGUUAAGAAGGUGAAUCAAGCGGUGGACCGCGCCCAGGAUGAAUACACGCAGAGGUCCUACAGUCGGUUCCAAGACGAGGAAGAGGAUGACGACUACCCCCCGGGAGAAACCUACAACGGGGAGGCCAAUGAUGAUGAAGGCUCCAGUGAAGCUACUGAGGGCCAUGAUGAAGAUGAUGAAAUCUAUGAAGGGGAGUAUCAGGGCAUCCCCAACACGAACCAGGGGAAAGACAGCAUCGUGUCAGUGGGGCCACCCAAGGGCGGCGAGUACAAGGACCGCCAGGAGCUGGAGUCAGAGAGGAAAGCUGACGAGGAAGAACUCGCCCAGCAGUACGAGCUGAUAAUCCAAGAGUGUGGUCACGGCCGCUUUCAGUGGGCUCUUUUCUUUGUCCUGGGCAUGGCCCUGAUGGCGGAUGGCGUGGAGGUGUUUGUCGUGGGCUUUGUGUUGCCCAGCGCUGAGACAGACCUGUGCAUCCCAGAUUCAGGGUCCGGAUGGCUAGGCAGCAUAGUGUACCUCGGGAUGAUGGUGGGGGCCUUCUUCUGGGGAGGACUGGCGGACAAAGUGGGAAGGAAGCAGUCUCUUCUGAUUUGCAUGUCUAUCAACGGAUUCUUUGCCUUCCUUUCUUCAUUUGUCCAAGGUUAUGGCUUCUUUCUCUUCUGUCGCUUGCUUUCUGGAUUCGGGAUUGGAGGAGCCAUUCCCACUGUGUUCUCCUACUUUGCUGAAGUGCUGGCCCGAGAGAAGCGGGGGGAGCAUCUGAGUUGGCUCUGCAUGUUCUGGAUGAUCGGUGGCAUCUACGCCUCUGCCAUGGCCUGGGCCAUCAUCCCGCACUAUGGGUGGAGCUUCAGCAUGGGGUCGGCCUACCAGUUUCACAGCUGGCGUGUGUUUGUCAUCGUCUGCGCCCUCCCCUGUGUCUCGUCAGUGGUGGCCCUCACGUUCAUGCCUGAAAGCCCACGGUUCUUGUUGGAGGUUGGAAAACAUGAUGAAGCCUGGAUGAUUCUGAAGUUAAUUCAUGACACAAACAUGAGAGCACGGGGUCAGCCUGAGAAGGUCUUCACGGUAAACAGAAUCAAAACCCCACGGCAAAUAGAUGAGCUGAUUGAGAUUGAGAGUGACACAGGAACAUGGUACCGGAGGUGUUUUGUUCGGAUCCGCACAGAACUGUAUGGAAUUUGGUUGACUUUUAUGAGAUGUUUCACCUACCCCGUCAGGGAAAAUACCAUAAAGCUUACCAUUGUUUGGUUCACGCUGUCCUUUGGGUACUAUGGAUUAUCCGUUUGGUUCCCUGAUGUCAUUAAACAUCUGCAGCCGAAUGUAUUGAAAAAUACAAAUGACCCAAGAGUGACAUUUUCAGAUUUUACUAUUAACUUUACAAUGGCAAAUCAGAUUAAUAUUGGAAUGGAAUACGAGAAUGGCAGAUUCGAAGGGAUCAGGAUGAAAUCCGUAACUUUCAAAGAUUCCGUUUUCAAGUCCUGCACCUUUAAGGAUGUGACGUCAGUCAACACCUACUUCAAGAACUGCACGUUUAUUGAUACCGUGUUUAACAACACUGAUUUUGAGCCAUAUAAAUUCAUUAACAGCGUAUUUCAAAACUGCUCAUUUUCUAACAACAAGACAGGAUGCCCAAUUACCUUUGAUGAUGACUAUAGUGCCUACUGGAUUUAUUUUGUCAACUUCCUGGGAACAUUGGCAGUGUUGCCAGGGAACAUCGUGUCUGCUCUCCUGAUGGACAGAAUCGGGCGCUUAACGAUGCUAGGUGGCUCCAUGGUGCUUUCAGGGAUCAGCUGUUUUUUCCUGUGGUUUGGCACCAGCCAAUCCAUGAUGAUAGGCAUGCUGUGUCUGUACAAUGGCUUGACCAUCUCGGCCUGGAACUCUCUGGACGUGGUCACCGUGGAACUGUACCCCACAGAUCGGAGGGCGACAGGCUUUGGCUUCCUGAAUGCACUAUGCAAAGCGGCCGCCGUGCUUGGCAACUUAAUAUUUGGCUCCCUGGUCAGCAUCACCAAAGCAAUCCCCAUCCUGCUGGCCUCCACCGUGCUCGUGUGUGGAGGACUGGUGGGCUUGCGCCUGCCUGACACACGAACCCAGGUCCUGAUGUAA